CGGGAAAAUGACACCUGUUCGAGAUUGCGUCUUAAGUAGCCUAUUACUGCCGACGGCCUCAGUCAAACACAAGAAGCGAAGAUGAAAACACGCGUCCUCCUGUUACUCUUCACUGCCCUGGCCUGGGGCUCAGGGGAGGAGACCACCAUCCCAGUUGAGGAAAUAUAUUUGAGCAACGGGCUUGACAGAGGUGACUGGGGACCUACAGAUCUCUGCGCCAAGAAUUCCUGGGUCUCAGCCUUCGAAGUCAAGUAUUCCGAAGAGGGUCACAUUGACAACACGGGGCUGAACGCCGUCAGGCUCUAUUGCCAGGACAAGGAUGGGGGUCUGGAAGGGAGUGUCAUCAGCUCAGAAGGCUCUUACGGAGAAUGGAAAGGGAUUCGAUCAUGCCCAGCUGGUGAGUUCAUGGUCGCCAUGAGAGGUGACGUCAUGCCCUACCAGGGCACUUUUGGGGACGACGAGGGCCUGGUCAACCUAGAGAUGAGAUGCAGCAACGGAACUGUCCUCGACGGGCGGUUCUCCACCGGAGAGGAACAGGAGAGACCAGAGGAUAAUCUGGAGGUCGCUCGCGAGAGGGUCGUCAUCGGUGGUCGCGAAAUGGAAGCCGUUCACAUCAAGGCAACACUACAGAAUGUUAAGACUAGCGAAUACAGCCUGUGGGCCACUUGCUCCGUAGGUAACCGAAUCUGCGGAUUGGCGACUGAGGUGGAGCACGAGACGACUUUCACCGAUGAUGCCGGACUGUGCAACAUUGUCAUGUAUUGCUGUACCGUUUAAGGAUAGGAAAGAAAAGUACUAAUUUUAAGGGAGAAAGUUUUUUUUAAUGGAUAUAAUAGCUCAUAAAGAUAUAAAGAAAAAAAUAUUCGAUUUUAAGGUGAAAGUUUUUUAAGGGAUAUAAGAGCUCAUAAAGUUAAAGAAGGGGAUAUAAAUGUUCAUAAAGAUAAAGAAAUAUUCGAUUUAAGAGAAAGAUUUUUUUAAUGGAUAUAAGCGCUCAUGAACAUAAAGAAAAAUAAAAUAGUCGAUCUAUGCGAGAAAGUCUUUUUUUUCUAACGGGAUAUAAAAGAUCAUGAAGAUAAAGAAAAAAUUAUCUAUUUAAGAGAGAGAAUAUCUUUUUAGGGAUAUAAUAGAGUUAAAGUUCUCAUGCAAUUCUGAAAUUGGAAAAGUCAACCAUUAAAGUGACUGAGUAUAGUUUGACGGAUAUAAAAUAUAUGUUUCCGGAAUUAUUUAAA